AUGCCAGCGACGAGGAAGUCACGAAAAACAAGUAGCAGAGUCGAUAUUCUGGCAAAGGAUUUGCGAAACCUGAGUACCACCGACACCACCACCACCACCACCACCACCAGCAGUAUCGAGACGGCAAAGACAGAAAAUUCAACUCCUGAUCUAAAGCCGAGUGAGACUAGAAUCAUAGCUACUCGCGCUGCAGUUAAAACAGGGAAACAAGUGCUAGUUGAGACAACUAAUACUGAAAACCUCCCUACACGACGACGACGACGCUGCAAGAAAACUGACAGCACUAAAAAUGAUAUCAAAUCUAAAGCAGUAGUAUCUAAACCCACAGAUACUAAUGAUUUACCAGAUUCGAGAAAGUCACAAAUAUUAGCAAGUAUUGAGGUAAAAGGUCCCGAUGAUUCUAUCAAACCGCCAAUGAAUCCGAAGAUCAUUCCAGAUACCUCGUCAAAAGCCCAAAUCAUCCCGCCGAGUACUCUCGUAACCGAAAAAACGCCUACAACGGUUAGAACAUCUUUUUUACUAGUCUCGGAUACUCAUGAUGUUCAGCCACAAAGCCCAGAGCGCAAAGAAGUGUUAUUCCGGUAUCCUUUUCCUAAAACCGAUGUGUUCAUUCAUGCUGGUGAUAUGACACAAGAUAGUAAUUUAUUUACCCUAAAAGCAGCGAUAUCAUGGAUCGAACUCAUUCCUGCGGAGUUAAAGAUCUUGAUAGCGGGGAAUCAUGAUACUACUUUGGACGUAGUUCGAGAUCAUGUGGACGAUUCAUCCGACUCAGACGAUGGAGAAAACAAGCUAAAUACGAAACAAGUAGAAUGCCGAGAAUAUCUAACGAGUAAAGAAAUAAAGGCAAAGGGGAUUUUUUAUCUUGAAAACGAAGUAGAAACGUUUAAACUAAAAAACGGGGCGAUGUUAACGGUUUUUGGGUCUCCAUAUACACCACGCGGGCCGCGGCCACACCAUAAUGGGGCAUUUAGGUACAACUCCGACAUCGAUUUUUGGGAAAAGCUCGAAGGUGUGGAUGGUUUGAAGGCAGGGAAAUUAGAUGUGGCAGUGAUACACGGUCCCGCUUAUGAAAUCCUCGACAGCACGUGGAAAGGAAAAAAUGUGGGAUGUAAAUAUUUGCGAAGCUUCCUGGAGAAAGUAAAGCCACUGAUGAGUGUUUGCGGGCAUAUUCAUGAAGCGGCAGGGGUGAAAACUUUGGAGUGGGACAGCAAGGAGGCAAAGGAUGUGGAAACUCAAAGAGCGGACAAGGAUGGGGCAGUUUUUACUGAUGCAAGAGAGGUAGCAAAGAGUGUGGCCAGGGGUAAAUCCACGGUGUUUGUAAAUGCCUCGCUUGUUGGGGCGGGGAGUAGCAGCUAUGCGGAGGCGGCACGGUGUCCUUAUGUUGUAGAGUUGGAUUUGCCGCUGGCGGCUGUGUAG